CUGAACUCUUCCGAAACAGCCCGUCUACUUCCGCGAGAGUUUGCGAUCCCGCUCUCGCGAGAGAGGACCCGAUUUCCUGUAGCGACAGAAAAGAUGGCGGAUCGGCUAACGCAACUUCAAGACGCAGUCAAUUCGCUCGCUGAUCAGUUCUGUAACGCCAUCGGCGUUCUGCAGCAAUGUGCUCCACCUGCCUCUUUCAGUAACAUCCAGACGGCCAUCAACAAGGAUCAGCCUGCAAACCCCACUGAAGAAUACGCUCAACUGUUCGCAGCUCUGAUAGCGAGGACGGCCAAAGACGUGGACGUUCUGAUCGACUCUCUUCCCAGCGAGGAGUCUACGGCGGCCCUGCAGGCGGCCAGCCUCCGUCAGCUGGAGGAGGAGAACCACGACGCGGCGGCCCGUCUGGAGGAGGUGGUGUACCGCGGCGACAUGCUGCUGGAGAAGAUCCAGAACGCGCUGGCCGACAUCGCCCAGUCGCAGCUGCGCACCCGCAACGGAGCGCUGAGCCAGCCUUCGCCGGCCGAGUCCUGACGUCGCGUCCUGCCACCAGCGGACACUUUUUUUUUUUGUUUUGUUUUGGUUUUUUUCCACACGGCGAAUGUUUGUUUUGCAAAAACGGAAAGAUCUCUCCACUGCCCAACAUCUGUCUGGGAUGAACAACACUAGAGUCUCCAAUGUAGUUUAAACUUAAAGGCAUUAUUUUGAAAUCAAAUAAUUGAAGUCAUUUCUGAAUUGCAUUUUUUUGGGGGCGGGGGGCUUAAGUAAAAAAAAAAAAAAAAGGUGUUCAUUCGGACAUUCAUCCUAGCAACACGUCCGCUGUGUUAUAUAUGUAGAUUCCAUGUUGUACAUUUCAUUUGUUGUUUUUUUUGACGUAAAUGUAAACACUUCAGUCUGCUUUGAAAAAGGUUACAAUGUAAAUAUGUGAUUAAAAAUACAGAGCAGCAUUUCC